AUGGACGAGAAUAACAGAAUCACGAUCACGGUGUGCGGUGACGGUGGAUGCGGAAAGAGCUCGAUUACACUGCGGCUUGUGAGGAGUCAAUGGACAUCUGAGUACGACCCUACAAUAGAAGACUCAUACUCCGUAACCCGAACCGUCGAUGGCGUCCCCUACUACCUCAUGCUCACGGACACGGCCGGCCAAGAAGAAUACCGCGGUCUCUGGGCCGCCUCGAACCUGCAAUCCGAUGCCUUCCUCCUCGUCUACGAUAUAACAUCUGCCAACUCGCUCGAUGCGCUCGACUACUUCAUGGAGAUGAUAGAAAUGGAGACGGAGAACCGGUUAGACAAUGGCAAGAUACCGCCCAUCAAGUGCGUGGUAGGCAACAAGUGCGAUUUACAGGGCCAGAGACAGGUGGAAGCGAAGACGGGUCUCGAGUGGGCGAGGCGGAGAAAGUGCGGCUUCAUGGAGACGAGUGCAAGAGAGAUGGUCAACAUUGAGGAGACUUUUGCGCUACUCGUACGUCGUGUAGUAGAAGCACGGAGACUCACUGCUGGAGACGGCCCUGCGAACCGAACUGCCGCCCUUCCUCUUCAAUCGCAUCCGAACCGCGACCCAAACUCUUCGGCGGCGUAUCUAGAUAAUGAGAAAGACGAUGAGAACGAACCCAAAAAGAGCUGGUGGAGGAGGCUGAAGUGCUGGUAG